AUGGCUGACUACGACAACGACAACGGCCGCUACGCCGACGAGCCCCGGUACGAUCGCGACCGCAGUGCCUCCCCUCGCGACGAGCCUCGGGGCGACCGUGCUCGCAGCCGUUCCCCCAACGGCCGUGCUGAGGAUAGCCGUCCUGGUCCCCUGCGCAAGGCCCAUCUGGUUGAGGAGGAGGAUGAGGAGGGUGCCCAAAACACUGGAUCCAACCUCUUCGUGACUGGUAUCCACCCUCGUCUGACUGAAUCUGAUAUCUCCCGUCUCUUCGAAAAAUAUGGCGACGUCUCCAACUGCUCUAUCAUGCUGGACCCCCAUACCAAGGAAUCCCGUGGAUUUGGAUUUGUCAACAUGAGCACCGCCGAGCAGGCCGAUGCUGCCAAGGAAGGUCUUCAGGGUGAGAUGAUGGUCGUGGCCCCCCCUCGCCGUGGUGAUCGCUAUGAUGACCGCCGUGGCCCUAUGGGUGGCGGUGGUGGUAACUGGCGCCGUCGCGAUGAUGAUCACUACCGCGGUGGUCGCUACGAUUCCUACAAUGAUCGUCGUGAUUACGGUCGUGACUAUGGCCGCGAUGGUGGUCGUGGUGACGGUGGCUACCGCCGUGACUACGGUGGUGGUGGUCGUGAUUACCGUCGCGAGUCUCGUGAUGACCACGGAUACCGUGGUGGUCCCGAUCGCUACGGUGACCGUUACAGCCGUGAUGACCGCCGUGGCGGUGAUGAUCGUCGUGGAGGUGGUGCCGGUGGUCCUCCCCCUGCCGAGGGUGGUGCUGGCGGUGGUGAAGGCCGUGGUUACUACGAUCGCGAUGCCAACCCUCCCAGCUACGAGACCGCUCCUCCUCGUGAGCCCCGUGAGCCCUACUCUGGUGGCGGUCGCUCCUACGAGGGUCGCGGUGGCGAUGACCGCUACGGCAGCAGGUAA